GGGGAAAAGAAAAGGUAAAAAUGAAAGAGAGAAAGAAACGGGCACCUUUUAGUAAUUAGGCCACCACGAGCCCUAAUUCAAUGCUUUACCAAACUCACCACCCCUCCUUUUUAUUCCAAUUUCAUCCCCAUUCUUCUCCUUCCUCUGUAACCAGCACCACCACUUCUCUCUCUCCUCCUCCACCUCUACCACCCUGUCCUCCUCAGGUUGUAAGAAGUGAAAUGGAAUGCGUUGAAGCGGCGUUGAAGACCAGUAUCAGGACGGAGAUGGCCGUCAAGGAGGCCGUUUUCGACGACUUGUGGGGGUUGAACGCCCAGAACGGCGGCGUGCAGAAUUGCGAGGACUUUUCCGUCGACGACCUUCUCGACUUUUCCAACGACGAUGGGUUUGUGGAACAACAGGCUGAGGAGGAAGACGACAAAGGCUCUGUUUUGCCCAAGAAAGAGAGCAUGGAGGAAAAGGAAAAUUCAACCCCGUCUUCGUGCUUGUCGGAGAAGAAUGAACUUGGGCCGGAGCCGACCGAGCCCACCAGUGAACUCAGCGUUCCGGCAGACGACUUGGAAAACCUCGAGUGGUUGUCUCAUUUCGUGGAGGAUUCCUUCUCGGGGUUCAACACCUCUCUCCCCGCCGGGUUUCUGGCCGUGAAGCCCAAAAACCCGACCGAGAAGAGGCCAGAACCGGAGGCUCUCAAGCCCUGUUUCAAGACUCCGGUUCCAGCCAAGGCCAGAAGCAAGAGGACCCGAACCGGCGGCCGGGUGUGGUCACUAGGGUCACCAACCUUCACCGAGUCUUCCUCAAGUUCAAGUUCGUCUUCCUCAACUUCUUCAUGUCCCUCCAGCCCAUGGCUCAUUUACAACACCACCCAAGGCCCCGGAGCCUUCGGUUCGUCAGUAGAGAAGCCUCAGAAGAAGCCAAAAAGACCAGCAACAGAAGGCGGUUCGAGCCAGCCGCCUCGGCGGUGCAGCCACUGCGGCGUCCAGAAGACUCCGCAGUGGAGAACCGGGCCCAAUGGAGCCAAGACUCUGUGUAACGCCUGCGGAGUCCGUUACAAGUCGGGUCGGCUCGUGCCCGAAUACCGCCCCGCUUGUAGCCCGACUUUCUCGAGCGAGUUGCACUCCAACCACCACCGCAAGGUGAUGGAGAUACGCCGCAAGAAGGAAGUCCCUCCAGGCCCCGAACCCGGUCUGAUGACGACAGCAGCGGCGGCUCCGGUUGUUCGUAGUUUUUGAUUAGAGGAGGAAAGAAAAAAAAAGUUAAGGUUAAGACUUUAGUUUUAGCAAGUAGGAAGGAAGAGAGUGACAUCGAAGUGAACCGGUUUAGAGUAAAACCCGGUUCGAACAGGCCCAGCUUAGUGUACAUUUCUUCUCAUUAUCUCUUUGCAUGGUUGGUGCGGUAGGUUUGUAGGCAAUGUAACUGAUUAGGCAGAAUUUUUUUUUUUUACUUAAUAUGUACUUUUUCCAUUUUACCUU